AUGUGCACAGACAGCGUUGACUGCGUGUUGGACAGCAGCCCUCUGUAUGGACUUGACUGUGAGAUGUGUCUAACAGUAAAGGGAAAUGAGUUGGCUCGUGUUUCUGUGGUGGAUAGCGACGGGAACUGUGUGCUGGAUGAGCUGGUGAAACCUCAGAACAGAAUCCUCAACUACCUCACCAGGUUCUCUGGGAUCACCGCAGCCAUAUUGAAACCCAUCACGACCACGCUGCGGGACGUUCAAGCAAAGCUCAGGGCGCUGUUGCCGUGGGAUGCAGUUUUAGUUGGCCAUUCACUCAACAAUGACCUCAUGGCUCUGAAACUGAUCCACCGGCAUGUAAUCGACACCUCGCUGCUGUACACGAGAGAGUUUGGACAGAAGUUUAAGCUCAAGGUCUUGGCCGAGACAGUGCUGAAGCGGCAAAUCCAAACUGAAGGGAAGAAAGGUCAUAAUCCCACUGAGGAUGCUGUGGCGGCGCUGGAGCUAGCUCAGUACUUUAUUAAAACAGGACCUCAUCAGGUUGUAGAGCGUCAUCUGGAGGAGCUAUGGGGACACAGAAUAGUGGAGGAGUCCACGGACUGCACAUCUGCCCCCACAGCAAGUCACAGGUUUGCUGAUGUACUGCUGACGCUCGGCCGCUCAGUGGCCUUUUCAGGAAAGCGUUCGGACAUCAGUCUGGAUCUGUCCUAUCAGCAGUGGCAUAACUCUGACAAAGAGGUGUUAGCCUCUUUCAUGAGACAGACAAAGAGUCCGUUCCUCUCAGUUCUCCAUUUCUCAUCCCUCUCAGACCAGCUGAAGAGGUCUGUUCCUCAUCCGGAGCAGCAAUACCAGAGGGUGUGUGCAAAUCUUCGAGAUAUGUGUGUAGUGUUCGCUGGGCCGUUCCCUGCAGGUUUUCCUGAGAGAGACGUGAAGCGUCUGUUUAGUUGCUGUGGACCGGUUCAGAAAAUCAAAAUGCUGAACACGGCUGUCAGGGUUCACGCAGAAGUAGAGUUUGAGCUGCUAGAAGGAGCUGUGCUGGCUUUAAACACUCUGAAUGGACUUAUUGUGCACGGGCAGUCUAUCAAGGUCCAGAGACCUGUUUAUGAGUCAGUGCUGGACCUAGAUCUGACUCUUGAUGCUUUGAUGUGUGACGCUCUCAACACCAGUCACCUCUACACUGUUAAAUUAAACCCCAGUAUAGCUGAGUGCAUCAAGAUUUCUGCAAAGGCCAAUGGACACAUGUUAGAUGCAAAGCAUCUAGAUCUCCUUACCACCAAGUCGAAACUGUCUGAGGAGACGAUCAGAAAGACAUUUGGUCACUUCGGUAUGGUGGAGAGAAUCAUGUUGCCUGCCAAACCUGGAAAACACACAAGAGAUGCAUAUAUAAAGUUUGAGAGUUUAGAAGGCCAACGGGAAGCACUCACCUCUUCUGAAGAUCUCUGGAAGGAGAACUACCUCAUCUGUCCCUCUGUGACUCCGCUCCACUUGCCUUCGUGGGUUGCCAUGACAACACCAGUGGCUACAGUAGAUGCUGAGAGGGAAGACAAUGAGAGGACCCACAUGUACACCAGUCUUCAGGACCAGGACAUGGAGCAUAUGAUGAGGAAGUUGGACCGCCGCCUGGGGAAGCUCUUCAGAUCCCUCCCAGAUGGCACCUUGUCCGUGGUUGUGCUGCUCGGACAUACUAGUGCUUAUGGCCACCAUCAUGGCUUGUGCUUUAUGGAGGUCAAACAAGGGACUUGAGGAGAAUGGUGAUCCAGCUCUAGGAACAAGCAAAAACUUGCACAAACAAAAUAUAUUCCACUCCAGGGAUGCCUGGUCUUGUGUAUAACCUGAAACCCCCCCAAAAAAUCAAUGAGGAAAGGAAAAGAAUUUUAGAUGCCACAAUUUUUUUUUUAACAAAAAGACUCUAGCAGUAUGAUACACAUCUGUUUCAAACAUGUAUAUAAAAGCAAGUUAACUGCGGUUUUAUAAUAUUUUUGUGACUUGGAACUGAACCUGUAAGUGUUUAUUGCCUUUGGUUAAAAAAGAAUUUUCAGAACAAUAAACCUUCUGUGUGGUCAUUGUUGGAAACUUGGCUUUCAGUUUUACUUGGUUUGACUUUUCACUGAAAAUCAACAAAAUCAGUGUUAGUGCAACUGAGGAAGUUGGACGAAGCACGGAAAUCUGUGCAACACAUGCUCAAGUAUGGUCCGUUAGUCUUCCAGAUACCAUUUGUUCUACUGGAAGAAAAUCAGAUGGCAGGCUUAUUCAGUCAUUACAAACCAUGAAGACUGUA